UACCGUACGAAACUACGCGACGUCGGAACCGCUUAUACGUCCGCGAUAUAACAAAACUCGAUGAAAAUGCAUACACCAAAAUGGUAGAAUCUCUACAAAUGUUCUUAUUCCUGUUCAAAUCUAAAUACAGACGAAAAUGUCGGUGGCUGUCGCCAUUACCUUGUUCAGUUCUCAUAGUGUUAUUGUUUUGUCAGUGUGUUCAUACCAAGUGCAGUGAAUAUAACUGUAUAAAUGGUGUUUGUAAGAACGAAACAUGCGUUUGUUACGAGGGUUGGCAGGGUCCCGAGUGUCAAUACUGCGGCGGGAAAGUCAACCUGACUGCCCCUAUGGGGGUGAUAACCGACGGACCCUCUAACUACAGCGUGAGCACACAGUGCACCUGGCUGGUGAGUCCUCCGCGGCUGGGGCCUACGCCCCCCGUGGUGCGGAUCAGGCUCGAGAGCUUCGCCACUGAGUGCGGCUGGGACCAUCUAUAUGUGUAUGAUGGGGACAGUGUCCGUGCUGAGAAAUUGCUGGCUGUGUUCAGUGGGGUCCUGGAGCCCGGCGAGUCGGGCUGGACUCGGCAGGUGAUCGCGCGUUCCGGCAGCGCUCUAUUGCACUUCUUCAGCGACGACGCGUACGCCAUGGAGGGGUUCAACGUCACAUACGCGGCGUACUCGUGUCCGUCCGACGAUCAUAGGACUAAUUGUUCUAAUCAUGGUGAAUGUGAAGACGGCACGUGUAAGUGCGAGGCGUACUGGACGGGUGUGGCGUGUGACCAGCCUGUGUGUCCAGAGGACUGCAACGCGGCGUACGGCGCGGGGCAGUGCACGGCGCGCGCGUGCGCGCGCGGCGCGCGCGCGCGGGCUGCGCGCGGCGCGGCGCGCGGCGCGCCGCCCGCGCGCGCGCCGCCCGCCGCCGCCGGACACGCGCUGCUCAACUACCGCGACGACCUGCUGCGCGUCGGCGGCGAGACCUUCGACAACGCACACUUUCUAUACAGAUAUAAAGUGGCGGCUAACGAGUGGGAUGUGGUGGAGACAGUCGGUGAUGCGCCGGCGCCGCGGUUCGCGCACGCGGCCGUCGUGCACGAGUCGGAGCUCAUCGUGUACGGGGGAGUCGUGGCCUCCGACGAUCCCGAGAGGGGCGGCGGUCUGGCUGGCCUGGAAGGCCGCGGCGGCGAGGUGACGAACGAGGUGUGGCGCCUGCGGCUGGACGCGGAGCGGCCGCAGUGGAGGAACGCGACGCCCACCGCCUGCUCGCCGCACCGACAGCCGCCGCUCAAGCACUGCGGUGGGCUGCACGUGUCGGGUCACUCGGCGGUGUUGGUGUAUAUGGGUGCUAUACGGAAACCGGUGAUGCUGGUUUUUUUCGGACACUCGCCGCACUACGGCUAUUUGCAUCUAGUCCAGGAGUACUACAUAGACGAGGGCGUGUGGUCCGCGGCGGCGACCAAGGGCUGGCCCGCGCGCGGCGGCUUCGGACACAGCGCCGUCUGGGACCCGCUCACCAAGAAGGUCUACGUGCACGGGGGCCUCGUGUCCGAGUCCGAGGCCACGCAGGCGCCGUCGUCAGCUCUGUACGAGUACUCGGUGGAGAGCCGCAUGUGGCGGCCGCUGCCGUCCGCGCCGACCCCCAGAUACCUGCACACAGCUGUGUUCAUCUCGCCUGGUUUAAUGUUAGUGUUCGGCGGUAACGCGCACAACGAUAGUGCGGCGGCCGCGGUGUCCAACCCGGCCGGCUCCAGGUGCUACUCCGGGAGUGCCAUAUUGUAUGACGUCAGAUGCGGCGCGUGGUACCCGGCGGGGGGCGCGGGGGGCGCGGGCGCGGAGCAGGUGGCGGGCGCGGCGCGCGCGGCGCUGGCGGCGGCGCUGCUGCCGCUGAGGAGGCGCACCGCGCUGCUGCACGCCGGUUUCGACGGUCGCCUCCGCUCGGACGCGUUGAAGUUCGAGACGGGUGCGGAGUGUAACACGCACACAACGGAAGCGGCGUGCCUCGAUGCCGCCAAGACCACCGCCAUUCCAUGCGUUUGGCGGAUACAGCAGCAGAUAUGUGUGCCUUUAGAAGGAGUCGGAUGGAAGGAGUCUUUUGACGAGUCAGUGAAGGCGUGCGUGGUUGAGCCCGCUUUUGAGGAGCGUUGGUGCGUGGGCGCGGCGUGGUGCGGCGCGUGCGUGUCGGCGGGCUGCGUGUGGUGCGGCGUGUGCGCGCCCGCCAGCUCCGCGCGCUGCACGCGGCGCGCGCGCCGGAUAGCGACGACGAUAGAAGAGUGCCACGCGAAUGAGGAGUCGUUGAGGGAGGUUUGCGGGAGGUAUCACUCGUGCGCCGCGUGUCACGCGCACCAACACCAUCAUACACAUGGCACGGAGGAAUUAAGUCAGCGAGCGUGUUACUGGGAUUAUGACACUAUCAAGUGUAAAGCUGCGAACACUUCCGAGGAAAUACGCAGCGUGUCGUCGUCAGCGGCGUGCAGCGCGCCGUGCGCGACGUUCGCGAGCUGCGCCAACUGCACAGCCGAGGAGUGCAUCUGGUGCGCGUCCGCUGCAAGAUGCGUUGACAAGAACGCGUACGGCGCGUCGUUCCCGCUGGGCGGGUGCCGCGCGUGGGCCACGAGCGGCGGCGCGGGCGGCGCGGGCGCGGCGUGCGGCGGCGCCGGCGUGGGCUGCGCGCUGCACCAGGCGUGCGGCGCCUGCCUGUCCGAGCCGGCGUGCGGCUGGUGCGACGACGGCGCGGGCGGCGGCCGCGGCGCCUGCCUGUCCGGCGGCGCGCGCCGCCCGCACGCGCCCGCGCUCUGUCCGCAUCACAGAUGGCACUUCACGCGCUGCCCGGCGUGCCAGUGCAACGGGCACGCGCUGUGCGACGCGCAGGCGCGCUGCAUCCAGCCGUGCGGCGCGCGCGCGCUGGGCGAGCACUGCGGCCAGUGCGCGCCGGGCCACUGGGGCAACCCGCUCAACGGCGGCGCCUGCCAGCCCUGCGACUGCAACCAGCGCGCCACCGCCUGCGCGCCCGACUCCGGCCGCUGCUACUGCGCCACCAAGGGGCUGGCCGGCGACCGCUGCGACAAGUGCGACAACACCAACCACUACCACGCCGACUUGUACAACAAGGGAGCUUGUUAUUAUGAUCUGGCAGUAGACUACCAGUUCACGUUCAACCUGUCAAAGAAGGAGGACCGGCACCUGUCGGCCAUAAACUUCCGCAACGCGCCGGUGAAGCCCGACGUGGACGCGGACUUCAGCAUCAUGUGCUCCGCGCACGCGCGCAUGAACCUCACCGUGCGCACGCGCGCCGACCCCAACGAACGCACGCUCUUCAGCGACGUCAACUGCUCCAACUUCAAGUACAAAUUCGCCAAGUCCGAGCACGCGUUCGGCGUGGAGGACAACGUGACCCUCACGACGUUCUUCGUGUACGUGUACGACUUCCGGCCGCCGCUGUGGAUCCAGAUCUCGUUCUCGCAGUACCCCAAGCUGAACCUGCAGCAGUUCUUCAUCACGUUCUCAUCGUGCUUCUUGCUGCUGCUGCUCGUUGCGGCUGCGCUGUGGAAAAUCAAACAGAGAUACGACAUGUACAGAAGGAGACAGCGGUUAUUUGUUGAGAUGGAGCAGAUGGCGUCGCGCCCCUUCAGCCAGGUGUGCGUCGAACUCGAGAAGGGAGGAGGCAGCGUGGGCGUGCCGGCGCCGGUGGCGCUGGAGCCGUGCGCGGGCGGGCGCGCGGCCGUGCUGUCGCUGCUGGUGCGGCUGCCCACGGGCGGCACGGGGCGCGCGCCGCCGCUGGGCGGGCUGGCCGUGGCCUCCGCGCUCGUCACGCUCGGCCACCACGCGCACCACCACCACCCCGCCGACAAGCGCCCGCGCCACCACUGACACCGCUCACACCGCUCACACCGCCACCCGCUCUCCUCACCUACGUAACUACACUGCACUGCGCAGAAUACAACACCAAUGUACAUACAUAGCUUAUGUAAUUAAUAAGUGCUGUACAUAGACAUGUAUAGGAGUUGCUCAAUGUGUGUACGAACUGAAUACUCAACACUAUAUUAAGAUUUGGAACUGUUCACAAACUAAUAUCGAUGUUAAUUGACAAUUGGAUAUCGAUACUCUAUGGCAGUAUCGAUAGAUCGCAUAUAAACUGAAUUGUGUAUCGAAAAUCAAUGUGUUAUGGCCUAUGUAUUGAUUUGAUAUUUACGGAUCAAAGUAGCCGGAUGUCAUGUGAAAGCAUAAGGACAUUUACAACACGAUAUCGAUUAUUAAGUAUUUAUUUUAUUUUCAAACAUUGACUUAACAAACUCAACAAUGCUGGAAAAAUUAUAUUUUCGUUGAAAAUUUAAUUUUCAAUUAACUAUGUUUAUCGCAUGUAACAUAUGUAGUCAAAGAAGCGUGCAAAAGCUAGUUUGGUUUUAUAGAAUAGGCAUACGCUCGUCACAAAUUGAAUAAAAACAUUAUGACUACAUGAAUUUUGCAUAUAAAAAUGCCCGAGUUCUGACCUCUUAACUUAUAACUACAAAACUUUGUGUUCAUUUUAAGCAAUAACGGCGAAUUGAUGAUAAUAAUCGUUAUGAAAUCGAUUAAAAUAAUUAUCGAUUGCAGUCGAUUUUUUUCUCGCAUUGGUCUAUUUUAAUUGCAAAUAUAGAAAAAUAAUAUUUUUCUAAAAAAUGUUACUCUUCCUAUGCACUUUUUUUUCCGAUUCUUUUUCAUCUAGUAUCACUGCCUUAUCUAGUCUAAGUGUCUAGUUGGCUUGCCUUGAUAAUAAACUUGUAAGUUAAGUAAUAGUCUAAGCUACAAGGCAUAUUCAUUCUUAUUUCUAUUUAUUUUCUAGCGGUGAAAAAUAAGGCGGUGACAAAGAAUACCAGAAAUUAACCUUAUGUUCCUCUGCACACAUCUGAUUAUCGUAAAACAUUAUCUAAAAAUAAAAUGAGGCGCUAGCUAAUGUCUAAAGUCUGUCUUCUUUCUUUAUUUAUUAUCUUUGAUAUAGAUUUUUCCUUUGGGAACAGUCAAACUUACCCAUCACGGUAUUCUUAAUAGGCUUAGCUGUUAAAUCUUUGACCACACAGAGUAGAGAAGGUCUAGAUAUGACCAUGCCGGGCUGCCAUUUAUAAAACGUUAACUGACAAAUCUUCGAUAAAAUUGGUACGGACGUGUAGUCACGUUCUUAUUGAAUGUGUGUAAACGUGAUUAUACGUCCGAAUUUUUUGUUUCGAAGAACGCACUGUCCAUCUUCGCGUGGUCACCUAAAACUAAACUUUCUAAAUGCCUCAAACAGGCUAAGAAAACUUAAAACUUGAGACUGCUGUCAAUAAUACUUGAUCGUAAUCGUCAAAACUUAUUGACUGCAAACAGAUAAAUGUAAUAUAAGUAAGAUAAUUUACUUCCGCGUAAAAUGUUGCCAAAUAUUCUAUUGUGGUAAUUUCAGGUGCAGUACGCAAUCGUUUUGCGUUCUUUGACAUUUUAUGAAGCAUUAAAUUUUUUAUAGAAUUGUUUGGAAAUGGUUAUUUUUGUCACACAACAAAUAUUCGGAAAUAGUGCUGCGAACCAAUAAGUAUUUGGAAAAAUUCUCAACAAGAGCUUCCAACCAGAAUAGAGAAAAACUGUUAUAUAUUGGCACACAUCAAUUAAGUAAAAAAAAGUCCUUUUUAGAUAGCAGCAAUAUUUUUCUAUGCGAUGAAGUGUUUAUUUAGUUAUUUAAGUAAUACAAUAAUAUUUUGCAUAGCAUUGGUUAUGUUGACUAAAAUAUUUUUUCCUUUCAUUUUUUUUAAUUAGUCUAAGAAUCAUAUUUAUUCUUUCUUAUAACACAUUCCCUCGAAUCGAAAGUUCUGUUAUGAAAAUAAAAUUUAUUUAUAGUUAUUAGAGUAAGGAAACAAUUAUAUUUAAAUAUAAAAUAACUUGAUUUCAGAUGUCCAUAUUUUUUAAGUGACAACACCAACGUUUAGUAUUGCCAGUUAAGGUCGACCAUUUGUAAUGUGUGAUUUUAUUAAAUUUUAAUUAAUCUAAUUGUUUUACUCAAAUGACUUCAGAAGAACCUUUAAUGACUUCAUUAUUAUUUUUUUAGGUUCUCUUUAAUAAAAAUGAAUAAGAUAAUAUAUCAAAAGUCUUUUACGUUUUAAGUUGUGCCAACUUUAUAUUUUAUUACAUUUACUUCAUCACUAUUUUUGGUAAUUUGGUAAGCAUAAUAAAGGUUGCUACGAUAGUCUAUGGAAUAAAUAAAGAAUCUAGAAUAUUCUUUUAAUUUUCAACUAUUCCAUGACUAAAUAACAAGUGUGAUUAGUAAAACAUCAAGUAUAUGUAUUAAAAUGUUUAAAUUUAGUUUAAUGUACUCGACCAUGGUAUCACAAUACAUCACAAUUCCAUACGUAAUGUAGUUCACUUGACGUCAUAAGGCGUCCUCUGUAAUUAACGUGUAAAUACAGCUUCGAUAAGACUAUUGAUAUUUUUCUUACGACUGAUGUGUAAAUUAUGUAAAAAAAGAUUUUUUUAUAACAAAAAAAAAGCAUUUAAUGAGAGAAUGUUGAAGCGAAUCGCGUUAGAAAAAAAGAUCAGUGUUUUUUUUUUUUAAUUUCUACCCUUUUUUUAGUCCUUGUUAUUUUAAUUUAUUAAAAGAAAAAUAUUUUAGCAAAGUAAGAUGUAAACCAUUUUUCGAUAAGAAAAUAUCCAUUAUAAGUUGUUUUAUUGCCGUUUUCAUUCCAUCAUUUUUUGUCAACAAUUUGUAAGUUAGUUCGAUUCGCUCGCAACAUUCAAACAUUUUUAAACAUUGUAUUAUAGAUGUAGAUGAAUUAUUACGUAUUUUAUAAAGAACGUAUUCUUAUUAUGCUACUAAAUGAUUAGUAGACAUACGAUAGCUUUACAAGUCUCAUUUUAAUGUAGGACAUUUUUUUAUAUGAUAGAUUUUACAUGUUUAUGCUUUGUAUAAGAGAUAGGAGCGUUUCCCAAUGUCAUUUUGUAAGAAAACAUGGAAAAUAACGUGCAUCUAUAAGUAACAGCGUGGUUGGCUUUUUUAAUAAUUCGUUUUUUCCCUUUCAUUCUAUCCAUGUUGCAAAUAAAUGUCAAAAUGUCUGUAACUUUAGAUGAAAAUUAUCCAGUUCUGUAAUUAAAAUCAUACUUUAUACAAAACGCCAAAUUUUGCUACUUUAACAGCUUUGCAUUUUUUUUUAAUGUUUAGGACAUUUUUUAUGAAUGAUAGGAUUUUUGUGAAGAUCUCGUAGCGUUUUUGGAAAAUAUAAUUGGAUAUGUUUUUUAGAGCUUUAUUGUGUAGUCAAUUUGAUUAUAAUUUUUUAAAGUAUUUUUAAGUGAAUACCUUUUUGUAACCCCUACCGAUUUUUAUAAUUCGAAUUUAUGCAAACAUUUUGAUGAACGGUUUCUAUAGCUGCAAUUUUCCGCCAUGACUUUGUAAUAAUAUUUUUUUUUAUUUUUGUAAGAUUUCAAAAGGUUUGCAUAAAUAAUAUAUGGCGAACAAUCUUUCACGAACUGUUCAAUGAAAUAAAGUGUGUGAAUAUCGAACUCCACGAUGACUAUUGGAGUCAUGAACUCUACUCCGCUUUUGUUUUGUAUGUUUAAAGCCCUGAUCCCUUUUUGUAGUAAUAAUUGCGCGUAUUUAUCGAGAGCACGAUGAACUAAGGAUUCUUGUGUCACAAUAAUGUACGUUUAGAAUAUUAAGGCUGAAUGAGUCCUUGCAGAAUUGAAAUUGUAAAAUAGUAAAUUGAACAAUAAAAUUAUAUUUAAAUUUCACACAUUUUUUUUUUUAAGAGAAAUGUAUUUUUUCAUUGAUGUGAGUAUUUUUUAUUUCGUGUGAAAUUUUAUGAACUUAUUUUAUAGUUAACACUGUAACGUUUAGGUGUGGGUAUGGUUUUAAAAUAAUUUAUUAUUUAAGCUAUAAAUAUUAUUGAGUUUGUGGAACGUGCUCGACGAAUUAUAUUUUCUGUAAAAAUGAAGCUUUAUUUGAAAUAUUUUAAUGUUCACAACUAAAUAGUUUCGUGUUUGAUUAAAAUUACUUUUACGAACAUGUAUUUUUUUGUAAAUCGUUUUCGCGAACCAAUAUCAUUAAUUACCAACAAUAAUCGGUGCAACGUCCUAUGACGUCGGUACGUUAUUAUACGUCUCAUUACUUACUAAAACUUAUAGGUUAAGCAAAGUUGGUGAUAACUAGUUAAUUCGUGAAAAGGGACUGCAUUUUGGCGUUCGUAAGAAUAAUUUUAUAUUAUCGGAUGUGACUGUCAAUAUGUACCAUUGAAACAUCUUGUAUAAUGAUACCGAUGCCAUAUAGAGAGGUUAGUUACUCGUGUACUUCCUUUGCUUGCCAAGUGCAGUCAGCGUGUUAAAAAAAUAGAUCAAAAUUUAUUAUAGGUAUAUUAAAAUUGUAAAGAGGAAAAAUUUGUAACUUUGUUUGUAGUGGGUUAUCUUUGGAACUACUGAACUGAUUUUGAAAAUUAUUUUACUAAUAGGAAGCUACAUUAUUUUUGAGUGCUAUAGGCUACUUAUUAUGUCGGGAGCCACAGGCAAAAGCUAGUAUACUGUCAACUGAAAACUUCAUAACGUAUUCUCGCUUUGCAUGAUUGAAAUAAAGAAUUAAACUUUAGAAAAUCACUGAUCAUUUUAUAUUAAAAUUUGGAUCUUUACAAUUGGAACUACAGAUUUAAUACUCUCAUUUUGAUUUAGGGCACCGGUGGAUACUUCUAUCAAUAUUUUUUAAAUAAUUUUUUUAUAGUAGUCACUUUUCAGAUAAUAGGGAAUAUUUUUUUUAUUUCGUUAUUAAUAAGGUAGGUCAGUGAAUUAACCUUGUGGCCGUAAGUAAGACUUCUUUGUGGCUUUAUAAAAAAAGGUUGAGUAUGACGGGUUUAGAAAUUAUAAAUAUAAAAAUAUUUCGUAUUAUGAAUACCAUAGUCUUUAAAUAAAGAGUAAUAAAGACUAUAUUAGUACGCUGAUUGCGCUUCGCACACCUCACCCACACUGCGAGUCACCGGUGUAUCAUACUAAGUAUAGUACUGUACUAUUGUUGAUAUAGUAACUAUAUAGCGGUAGCCAGUAAGCGGACGUUUGAGCGUUGUAAAUACGAUGACAUAAAUUAUUGUAUUUCAUAAUAAAAUAAUCGACCUGCGA